UCGGCCAUUUUUAUAGCACCCUGCAAUGCUGUCAGUUCUGUCCAAAAAUUUUCAGCAUUUCGUGUUUUGAGGUCGCGUUUCUGUGAAUUUUGUGCGGAAAUCAUUGUAAGAAAUAGCCAAAAUCCCAAUUUUCCUCCUCAAAUAGGUAGAGAAAGUGCUGAAUUCUAGGAUUUCGGACAAAAUGGGGGCUGAAGAUAGAGAUCGCAGAAGGGAUCGGGAUCGUGAGCGUCGUAGGUCACGCUCCAGGUCUAGGGAUCGUCGCCGUGGCAGCCGUUCUCGGUCACCUAAUAAGAAGACGCGUUCCCGACGCCGGAAGCCAUCGCUGUACUGGGAUGUCCCUCCACCGGGUUUUGAGCACAUCACUCCUUUGCAGUACAAGGCAAUGCAGGCAGCCGGACAGAUUCCAGCAAACAUCGUGGCAGACACUCCACAGGCAGCUGUACCAGUUGUGGGAUCUACCAUUACAAGACAAGCCCGAAGGCUCUACGUGGGAAAUAUUCCAUUUGGAGUCACUGAAGAGGAGAUGAUGGAGUUUUUCAAUCAGCAAAUGCAUCUUUCAGGAUUGGCUCAGGCUGCCGGAAAUCCCGUUCUGGCAUGCCAGAUAAAUUUAGACAAGAAUUUUGCUUUUCUUGAAUUUAGAUCUAUCGACGAGACAACACAGGCCAUGGCAUUCGACGGUAUCAAUUUCAAGGGGCAGAGUCUCAAGAUUCGUCGUCCUCAUGAUUAUCAACCAAUGCCCGGAAUGACCGAUUCAGCAGCUCUUAAUGUUCCAGGUGUUAUUAGCACAGUUGUGCCAGAUUCUCCACACAAAAUCUUCAUUGGCGGUUUGCCCAAUUACUUGAAUGAGGAUCAGGUAAAAGAACUUCUACUGUCUUUUGGGCAACUACGUGCGUUCAAUUUAGUCAAGGAUGCUGCAACUGGAUUAAGCAAGGGCUAUGCAUUUGCUGAAUAUGUUGAUUUUAGCAUUACUGAUCAGGCAAUUGCUGGACUAAAUGGUAUGCAACUGGGUGACAAAAAGUUGAUCGUUCAGCGUGCUAGUGUUGGAGCCAAGAACACCAAUGUAGGUCAAAUAGCUCCAGUGCAGAUUCAAGUACCGGGCUUGUCACUUGUCGGCGCCAGUGGGCCACCCACUGAAGUUCUAUGCCUUCUAAAUAUGGUGACAGCUGAUGAAUUGCGCGAUGAAGAGGAAUACGAGGAUAUUCUUGAAGACAUUAAGGAGGAAUGCAACAAGUACGGUGUUGUACGCAGUGUUGAGAUACCACGUCCGAUUGAAGGCGUCGAUGUACCAGGAUGUGGAAAGGUUUUUGUCGAAUUCAACUCUGUGGUUGAUUGUCAAAAGGCCCAGCAAGCACUCACUGGCAGGAAGUUCAGUGAUCGUGUUGUUGUGACUUCGUACUUUGAUCCUGACAAAUAUCAUCGUCGUGAAUUUUAAAAGAAAAAUUUACCUUUUCCAUGCUUUCUUUUGACCUUGCUACUUUAGGAAAUGCCCUGAUAUUUUAUAUAACACAAACAGCAUACAUCAGACAUUCUUUUAGGUGAAAACACCAUUUGAUUAAUAAUAAUCUCUUUAGCAGUCAACAAUGGUGAAAUGAAAUUUUUCAAAAAAAAACUUUACGAGAAAUAUCUAGGGAAAUUUCUCUUAAGUUUUCAGAAAAAAAAUUAAAUUACUACGAUUUCAGGUAAAUUGAAAAAAAAAGAACAGCAAUUUUAAUAACGAGAGUUUGUUGAGAAAAGAAAAACAGAUUAAAGAAAGUUCUAUCGAUAUGCAAGAUUAAUAUUUUUGAGAUUCAUCUGACGCGAGUGUUCUUUGUAAUAAGAGGGAUAAACUUAAAAUCUUCUGAUUUAAUGGAUUCUUAUAUGAUCUUCCAGAAGAAAAGUUCUGAUUAGGAUUGCAUGUUUUUUUUUUAAAUUAAUUACAGGAUGAUAAAACUCCAUCGCUUUAUAAAUAUAUUGACUGUAACAUUUUAAAGGUGAAAUAUAUAACACUGAAAGCAUAAAA